AUGGAGAAGCUGAACUUCUACGUCCUGUGGUCUCUUCGAGAUACUCCGCGUCAGUUCAUCAGCAAAUCCAACCGGGAGCACUUCCAAGUCCACAUCCCGCUGCCUCUGCCCAAGCAGCUGGUCAUCUUCGGCCUGGGAAAAUGGAAGCACAGCGAGGCGACCAUCUCGGCGGAGGUUGUAGUCAGCGAUGAGGCGAAAGCCCAGAAGAUCGGGACUCUGUCGCGUCUUUCGAGACGUCUCCCAGCUCGUCACAUUUGGGAAGGAAUGCUUGCUAUGCUGAGCUCCAUACUGACAAGAAUGAACCCCUUGAGUCCACUCUGGGAAAUGAACCCCAAAUUUGGCCCACGCAUGUCGGCUGAAUAUCCAUUCUAUGGCAUCAUCCCUUUUGCUAAAUUAAAUCGUAAGGCUUCAGGGCAUGAAGCAUUUGCCAAGAGUUUUGAAGAUGUGGACAGCACUGCUGUUGACAUGAGCCACGCUUCAAGUCACGAGAAACUGAGGCUUUCAAGAGUAAACAGCCAAGAAGAAAAGACUACAUGGAUAAAGGACUGCAGAGAUGUGCGUCCAGCAAAACGUUGGAGACAUACCAUGUGUUUGAGUGACCCUGUUACAGCCAUCCUGAUGGGAGGGGAAACAACAGAUCAAAACCACUGUGAGGACUCAAUGUGGAAGCUUGAGAUAGACAAUGAUUUAUGGUUCCCCAUGAACUCCUCUACCUCUGGACCCAGCCCACCUUGUGCCCGCGGCCACUCUGCGACCUAUGACCCUGAUUCAAAGGCGGUCUUUGUCUACGGUGGCCUCCGGGAGGAUCAGGGAUACAGUGACAUGUACAUUCUUGAUACACUAACCUGGAAGUGGAAGCUUGUCACUGCAAAAGGAAAAAUACCAUCUUUGGCUUGUCAUUCGGCAACCUUUUACAAGAAGGAGCUUUUCAUCUUCGGUGGAGUUCAACCAGGCCAUUAUCCAGAGGAUAUAAUGUGCUGUAAUUCUCUGUACAUAUUUAACCCAGAGUUUGAAAUAUGGUAUCAGCCUAUUAUAGAGGGGAACAGACCCCUGCGUAGGUUUGGACACUCGGCGACACUACUCUCAGACAAUUUAAUAAUUUUCGGUGGCCAGAGGGCAACAGUCUAUCUCAAUGACCUCCAUAUUCUUGAUCUUGGAUUCAUGGAGUACAGAGCAGUGGAAUGUGAGAACCCACCACCGCUGCCUCGGGGUUUUCACGCAGCGCUCCCAGUAUCUGCCAACAGGAUGCUGGUCAGUGGAGGCUGCAGUGCCACUGGAGCCCUGCAGGAUGUGCACAUCUUUGAUAUGGACACAAGGAUGUGGAGUUCGGUGGCAUCUCCUCUGCUUUGCUCCAGGCCUCGUGCUGGGCACAGCAUCAUAAAUUUGGGAAAUUCCAUCCUAUCAGAUGCUGAGAAGCAGGGCGAGCAUGGCAAAACCCAAUGCACAGUACUGGUGUUUGGUGGUUCGGAUUGUUCAGGAACCUUCUACAAUGACACUAUCAAGUGCAGAGUGGACAUCCCUGCUAAUGAGUGA